AUGCACGGAGCUGGUCCCCCUCGAGGGCUACACGCCCUCACCCUGCAGGAGCAUGUCCCACCACCCACCUCCCUCGUCCGUGUGAACUCACCCCACACGGAGCAGGACCCCCACAGGCAGCACAGCCUCACCCCGCAUGAAGCCGUCCCAGGGAUGGGGGGCCUUGGGCCUCGGCCACGGCCCACAAGCACCCACGACCUGGCAGCGACCACCACUGAGUUGCCACAGGAAGCGCCCCAGGCUCCCAAGCUGGGGCACUGGGGACACAUGGAGCAGCUACCUGGAAAUGACAAAGCCACCGCAGUGCCCUUUGCAUACAGCUCCUUGGAGUCUGCAGAGGAGAAGGUUGCCAUGACUGUUGGGGAGAAAAAAAUCGAGCGGGUGAUGGGCAACAACACCACGGUGAAGAUGGUGCCCAUCAAGAUCGUGCACUCGGAGAGCCGGCCCGAGAAGGAGAGCCGCCAGAGUCUGGCGUGCCCAGCCGAGCCGCCCGCCCUGCCCAGCGGCCUGGAGAGACACCAGAUCAAGACGCUGAGCACGCCGGAGCAGUCCUACUCCCGCUUCUGCGUGUACACGUGGCAGGGCCCUGAGCCCAAGCCCCCCAGCACCCCUGCGCCCCUUCCCGGUCUAGGCUACGUGAGGGCCAAAGAGAAGACCGUGGAAGAGCUGAAGUCAGAGGCACUGGCCAGGGAGAUCGUGGGGAAGGAUAAGUCCUUGGCUGAUAUCCUGGAUCCCAGUGCAAAGAUUAAAACCACCAUGGACUUGAUGGAAGGGAUCUUCCCCAAGGACGAGCACCUCCUGGAAGAAGCCCAGCAGCGGAGGAAGCUGCUCCCCAAGGUCCCCUCCCCGAGGACCACAGAGGAGAAGAAAGAAGAGCCGAGUGUGCCGGCAGCCAUGUCCCUGGCCACCAACUCCACUUAUUACAGCACAUCAGCCCCUAAAGCUGAGCUGCUGAUCAAGAUGAAGGACCUAAAAGAGCAGCAGGAGCCCGAAGACUACUCAGGGAGUGACUUGGACCAUGACCUGUCAGUGAAGAAGCAGGAGCUCAUCGAGAGCAUUGGUCGCAAGCUGCAGGUGCUCCGGGAAGCCCGGGAGAGCCUGCUGGAGGACAUCCAGGCCAACAAUGCGCUGGGGGAUGAGGUGGAGGCCAUCGCCAAAGACGUCUGCAAGCCCAACGAGUUUGACAAGUUCCGCAUGUUCAUCGGGGACCUGGACAAAGCGGUGAACCUUCUGCUGUCACUGUCAGGCCGCCUGGCCCGGGUGGAAAAUGCCCUGAACAAUCUGGAUGACAGCCCUUCUCCUGGAGAUUGGCAAUCGCUGCUCGAGAAGCAGAGAGUCCUCAUCCAGCAGCACGAGGAUGCGAAGGAACUCAAAGAGAACGUGGACCGCCGUGAACGCGUUGUGUUUGACAUCCUGGCCAGCUAUCUCGGCGAGGACAGCCUCGCGGACUACGAGCACUUCGUGAAGAUGAAGUCAGCCCUCAUCAUCGAGCAGCGGGAGCUGGAGGAUAAAAUACGCCUUGGCGAAGAGCAGCUCAAGUGCUUGUCCGACAGCCUUCAGCCCGAGAGAGGCAAAUAA